CCGCCCCCGCGCCCGGACUGGACCCGGCCGGGUCCCGCCCUCCUCCGAGGGUGACGCGACCGCGGGGCGGGCCCAGGGUGCGGCGGCCCCUCUGUCUCGGCGGCGGCGGCGGAGCGAGCGCAGCGCGGCGCCACCAUGGGGGCCCAGCUGAGCACGUUGGGCCACGUGGUCCUCUCCCCAGUCUGGUUCCUCUACAGCCUGCUCAUGAAGCUGUUCCAGCGCUCCACCCCGGCCAUCACCCUCGAGAGCCCGGACAUCAAGUACCCGCUGCGGCUCAUCGACAAGGAGGUCAUCAACCAUGACACCCGGCGGUUCCGCUUUGCCCUGCCGUCACCGCAGCAUAUCCUGGGCCUCCCUGUGGGCCAGCACAUCUACCUCUCGGCCCGAAUCGACGGAAACCUGGUCAUCCGGCCCUACACGCCCGUCUCCAGUGACGACGACAAGGGCUUCGUGGACCUGGUCAUCAAGGUUUACUUCAAAGACACCCACCCCAAGUUUCCCGCCGGAGGGAAGAUGUCCCAGUACCUGGAAAGCAUGAAGAUUGGUGACACCAUCGAGUUCCGGGGCCCGAACGGGCUGCUGGUCUACCAGGGCAAAGGAAAGUUCGCCAUCCGUCCAGACAAGAAAUCCAACCCGGCCAUGAAGACGGUGAAGUGUGUGGGCAUGAUCGCAGGAGGGACAGGCAUCACCCCGAUGCUGCAGGUGAUCCGCGCCAUCAUGAAGGACCCGGAGGACCACACCGUGUGCCACCUGCUCUUUGCCAACCAGACGGAGAAGGACAUCCUGCUGCGCCCCGAGCUCGAGGAGCUGAGGAACGAGCAUUCUGCGCGCUUCAAGCUCUGGUACACGGUGGACAAGGCCCCUGAAGCGUGGGACUACAGCGAGGGCUUCGUGAAUGAGGAGAUGAUCCGGGACCACCUGCCGCCGCCGGAGGAGGAGCCGCUGAUACUGAUGUGCGGCCCCCCGCCCAUGAUCCAGUACGCCUGCCUGCCCAACCUGGACCGCGUGGGCCACCCCAAGGAGCGCUGCUUCUCCUUCUGAGGGCCAGCACUGGCCGCCUGCGCUCCCCCCACCCCACCGCCCGCUGCUCGUCCUCACGUGCCCUGUCUGCACCCCCCCCUUCCUGCCAUCUGUAAGGUCAUGCCCCCUUCAUUUCACACGAUGGCCCCGGGCUCAGCUUGGCCUGCCCAUGCCUGGGUAGCCACUCAGCCGGGCUGGCCCCCAAGGGGCCCCUUUGGGAACAGGGUUCUGUUACAGUGGGCCGCCACAGCCACCUUUGGGGCAGGUUCCUGUCUGACCCUCACCAGGUCCUACCAGUGAUGCCCGGCCCCGGGUCCUGUCCCUCCCGCAUCCCCACAGCCCCCACACUUCUGGGGCAAGGCCAUCAGCACCGUGUACCACCCACCCCUCCCAGAGCAGACCCCAGUCAGAAAGUAAACGUACCGAAAUGGGCAGCCCGGAGUUGUAGGUGCCGAGGAACCCCCUGCCACUACCUUGGGACCCUCGCCUGCCGCCUCUCACUACCCGCCUCCGGGCUGGGCCAGGCCUUAGCAUCUGACACUAAACACAGUUACUGCCCAAACGUCCCCUCGGCAGGGACUGCUGGGGGUGAGGGGCUGCCCCCACCUCAGGGCCCAGGGAGGAGGGGGCUGGUGGAGGGCCCCUCUGGCUGGCACAUGGGCCCUCCGGAAGCCUCCACGUUUGCUCCAGUACACGUGGGUGUUCCGCGGCUCUGGGAGUCCCAAGCCGUUUGCUCGGUGUUUGGUUCGACCGCUUCGGCGUCCUGGGCCACCAACCCUGAUGGCAGAGCUAAGACACGGCUCGCGUUUAUUUAUUCUUCUGCCCCAAACCUGCCCGCCCUGCUGCCUGCACCCCAGCGUGGGGGAGAUUUCGAGCAGAUCCUCUCAUGUGAGCCACAUUCUCAGUGGCCUUGACAUUGCCUUUAGACAACAGUUGGGUAGGCCUUUGCAGAUCGGCUUUUUCAGAGUCAUUUAUGAACAGAAAAAAAAACGUUGAAAUAAAACUUUGCUAAUAUUAA